GACGGCAGGAUCCACUUUCUGGAUUAGUCACUUGCCGUUCCGUAGACGUACUUUAUAUGCUUCGUACCUGUCUAGACUUCACGAACUUGCAACUUGGGGACGAAGCGAAGAUCAAUUUCGCCCAACCGAGGCUCAGUCGGCCAUUGAGAAAAGCCUUGUAAUUACACCCUUCUCCCUUCUCCAUGAAAUAGAAAUGGAUGUGCAUUGCCAUCCACUUCCGUCACGACUUCAUUCCUAGCCUGCUCGGCAGUCAGGUUGCUACUUGGCCGCUUGCCUCCUCCUCGUCGACUUGCCCACGUCAGCUCGCCGGCGCCGACUCCCUCGAGCGAACCGAUCGAUCGCCCUCUCACGCAAUCUCUUCUGGCCCCCCAUCCUCCGCUAUCCACAAUGCUCACGACAAAACCACACCUCCUCGUCCGCCGACCUUCCCCGACAACGGCCGAAUACACCGUCACCACAGCUCCCGCGCCGACCCUGCCCUACCGUCUUAUCCUCCUCUCUCUCUUCCCCCUCCGCCUGUUCGCCGGCGUAACGGCCCUCCUUCUCCUCCUGUCCAAAUACCGUCUUCAUAUUCCGGACACAACCUCCUUUCCAGGGCCUCCUUUCCCCUUUCCCUGGGGAGACACCCUUCGAUCCGCGUUAGGAGCCGUCGUCCUCUCCCCGCCGGGACUCCUCGCCUCCCGCGCCGCUGCCGCGAUUCCCACGCUCGUGCUGAUUCCGUUCGCGGCUAUACUCCUCUAUCUCGCGCUCCGUCGGCUCCAUGUCACGGAAUGCCUUCUCGUUCUGCGCGGGCUGGGGGUGCAGACGAGUUCUUCCGGGGGGACGUAUCUCUCUCGGAAGGCCACGCGGUUUAUACCCACGGAAAAGAUCCGCGACGUACUCAUCAACGAGGCUUUUCGCGGGUUUGAGGUGCGGCAUUAUCUUGUUGUCGUUGUCGAAGGGGAGGAGGAUGUUGUUGUGGUGUUCCCACGCUUGUUACCCAGGCGGCAUAUUGUAGAGACGGUCUGGAGGGGAGUGCGUGGGUGUCUCCAUGAGGGUGAGGAAGGGAAGAGCUGAUGGUGAUGAUGGGUCUAUUGG